AUGAAGGUCCCGGCGGAUUCUCCGGGAAUGCAUCCGAGACCUUACGUGCCCAGUGGAUAUGCCGGCGGAUACGCGACAGCAUACCUCAACGAGGUCACGCUCCGGUCGUUCACGAAGACGCAGACAACUGUCUUAGAUGUCCUUUUGGCCGCAGAGACGCAACGAACUGCGCAGUUACAAGGAAAUAUGCAAAGAAAAGUGGUCUCAACUGCAGCGAGCGUUGGUCCUGCCUUCAUCGCCGCCGUUGGAUUCGCUGUGGCACCUCGAGCGCAACCACCUACGCAACUGCCCGACCGCACCGGAUGUCGAUUGGAUUUUGUCGCUGUGGAUAUUGUUCGUCGCUGGGAGUCGGCGGCUUCUGGAUCAAAUCCAUAUCCUCAUCCUUGUGUUCGGUGGUCUAUAGAACUAAACUCUCGUAGCUUUCCCCAACCAACAUGCUUGGAUCCCGAUCACCAAGGAUAA